AGAGAAGAGCUGAAGAUCAGGCUUUGGGGGUUCCAGUCAACAAAAGGAAAUCCCUGCUAAUGAAGCCCCGACACUACAGCCCAAAAGCAGACUGCCAAGAAGACCACAGUGACAGGACAGAGGACGAUGGCCCCUUGGAAACACAUGGUCACUCUACCGCAGAGGAAAUCAUGAUAAAACCUAUGGAUGAAAGUCUUCUUUCAACUGCACAAGAAAACUCCAGUAGGAAGGAAGACAGAUACUCUUGUUAUCAAGAGCUCAUGGUCAAGUCUUUAAUGCACUUGGGGAAAUUUGAAAAAAAUGUAUCUGUUCAGACUGUAAGUGAAAAUUUAAAUGACAGUGGCAUCCAGUCUUUAAAAGCAGAGAGCGAUGAAGCAGACGAUUGCUUUCUGAUUCAUUCUGAUGAUGGAAGAGACAAGAUUGAUGAUUCUCAGCCACUCUUCUGCUCCACUGAUGACAAUGAAAGUAACUCUGAAAGUGCAGAAAAUGGCUGGGACAGUGGCUCCAACUUCUCAGAAGAAACCAAACCACCUAGAGUCCCAAAGUAUGUUUUAACAGAUCAUAAAAAAGACCUAUUGGAAGUUCCUGAAAUAAAAACUGAAGGUGACAAAUUUAUCCCUUGUGAGAACAGGUGUGAUUCUGAAACAGAAAGGAAAGACCCGCAGAAUGCUCUCGCAGAACCCCUGGAUGGCAAUGCCCAGCCCUCAUUCCCUGACGUUGAGGAGGAAGAUAGCGAGAGCCUGGCAGUAAUGACGGAAGAGGGUAGUGACCUGGAAAAGGCCAAGGGGAACUUAAGUUUGCUGGAGCAGGCAAUUGCUCUGCAGGCUGAGCGAGGUUGUGUUUUCCAUAACACCUACAAAGAGCUGGAUAGGUUCCUGCUGGAGCACCUAGCAGGGGAAAGGAGGCAAACCAAAGUUAUCGACAUGGGUGGAAGACAAAUCUUUAACAAUAAACAUUCACCAAGGCCUGAAAAGAGGGAGACCAAGUGCCCGAUCCCUGGAUGUGAUGGCACGGGACACGUGACGGGGCUCUACCCCCACCACCGCAGCCUUUCGGGGUGCCCCCACAAAGUGCGGGUUCCCCUGGAAAUUCUUGCCAUGCAUGAAAAUGUGCUCAAGUGUCCCACGCCGGGAUGCACAGGAAGGGGUCAUGUGAACAGCAACCGCAACACCCACAGGAGUCUUUCUGGUUGUCCAAUUGCUGCAGCUGAAAAAUUGGCAAUGUCCCAGGAUAAAAAUCAGCUUGAUUCUCCCCAAACUGGGCAGUGUCCUGACCAGGCCCACAGGACAAGCUUGGUGAAGCAAAUUGAAUUCAAUUUCCCGUCACAAGCCAUCACCUCUCCCAGAGCCACAGUGUCAAAAGAACAAGAGAAGUUUGGAAAAGUACCAUUUGAUUAUGCCAGUUUUGAUGCCCAAGUUUUUGGUAAACGCCCUCUUAUACAAACAGUGCAAGGACGAAAAACACCACCAUUUCCUGAAUCAAAGCAUUUUUCAAAUCCAGUGAAAUUUCCUAAUCGACUGCCUAGUGCAGGCGCCCACACCCAGAGCCCUGGCCGUGCCAGCUCUUAUAGCUACGGUCAAUGUAGUGAAGACACCCACAUAGCAGCAGCUGCUGCCAUCCUGAACCUUUCCACCCGCUGCAGGGAAGCCACAGACAUCCUCUCCAACAAGCCACAGAGUCUGCAUGCCAAGGGAGCCGAAAUAGAAGUGGAUGAAAAUGGCACAUUGGACUUAAGCAUGAAAAAAAAUCGAAUCCUGGACAAGUCUGCACCCCUAACUUCCUCUAACACUUCUAUUCCAACUCCUUCCUCUUCCCCAUUCAAAACAAGCAGCAUUCUGGUCAAUGCAGCGUUCUAUCAGGCUCUUUGUGACCAAGAGGGCUGGGACACUCCUAUCAACUAUAGCAAAACUCACGGGAAGACAGAGGAGGAGAAAGAGAAAGACCCAGUGAGCUCUCUAGAAAAUUUAGAGGAAAAAAAGUUUCCUGGAGAGGCUUCUAUACCAAGCCCUAAACCCAAGCUUCAUGCAAGAGAUCUCAAAAAGGAACUAAUCACCUGUCCAACACCAGGAUGUGAUGGAAGUGGCCACGUGACAGGAAACUAUGCAUCUCAUCGCAGUGUUUCUGGAUGUCCUUUAGCAGAUAAGACUCUAAAAUCCCUCAUGGCUGCCAACUCUCAGGAGCUUAAGUGUCCAACCCCAGGCUGCGAUGGCUCGGGGCACGUGACUGGAAACUAUGCUUCCCACAGAAGCUUGUCCGGAUGCCCUCGUGCAAGGAAAGGUGGUGUCAAAAUGACCCCUACCAAGGAAGAAAAAGAAGACCCUGAACUGAAAUGUCCUGUGAUAGGGUGUGAUGGCCAAGGUCACAUAUCAGGUAAAUACACAUCACACCGCACAGCUUCUGGCUGUCCUCUGGCUGCCAAGAGACAGAAGGAGAAUCCUCUCAACGGAGCCUCCCUCUCCUGGAAACUGAACAAGCAAGAGCUACCACAUUGUCCCUUGCCAGGCUGCAAUGGGCUGGGCCAUGUAAAUAAUGUUUUUGUCACCCACCGAAGCUUAUCUGGAUGUCCUCUCAAUGCACAAGUUAUCAAAAAGGGCAAGGUUUCUGAAGAACUCAUGACCAUCAAGCUCAAAGCAACUGGGGGAAUAGAGAGUGAUGAAGAAAUUAGGCAUUUGGAUGAAGAAAUAAAGGAACUGAAUGAAUCCAACCUUAAAAUUGAAGCAGAUAUGAUGAAACUUCAGACCCAGAUCACAUCUAUGGAGAGCAACUUAAAGACGAUAGAGGAGGAGAACAAACUCAUAGAACAGAACAAUGAAAGUCUGCUGAAAGAGCUGGCAGGUCUAAGCCAAGCUCUCAUUUCAAGCCUUGCCGACAUCCAGCUUCCACAGAUGGGACCUAUCAGUGAGCAGAAUUUUGAAGCAUAUGUAAAUACACUCACAGACAUGUACAGCAAUCUGGAACGGGACUAUUCCCCGGAAUGCAAAGCUCUACUGGAAAGUAUCAAACAGGCAGUGAAGGGUAUCCAUGUGUAGGAUCACAGCGCUGCCGGGCAACAGAAGUUACCAACAGCAGUAAACUCCAGAUGGAUCUGUUAGAGGUUCAUGUACUGCUAAGGCGUGGAGGUUGCCGUACUGCAUUUACAAUUUGCAACAUUGCACUAAUUUUAUUUUCCCCAGCUGAUAUAAAAAGGAAAGAAAAACUAUGAUAGACUUCUUGGAUUAAAAGCAAUGCAGUCAAUUAUUAGAUCUUAUUUAUUUUCAUAUGUUUUUCUUUUAUUUCUUCAUUGUACUCUUCUUUUGUAAAGUAUAUGUAAAAUAAAUGUGACUUUUUAUAAUUUAUUUAUUACUAAUCAAAGAGUUUUUUAUCUUUUAACUGCAUUUUGAAGUCUGCCGUAUUUUUACAAGUGUGUUUAUUAAUUUAUUUUCCAAUAGGAUUUAAAUAGAAAUGCUAUUCUCAAGUCAUCUUUCUUGCUGGGUUUUAAUGAGGAAACAGGAAAGGGUGAAGGAAAUCCUUGUCUAAGGACUGCACUAUAGUUGAGUUUGAUUUUUAUUGCACACUUCUUCCCCCACCUUUCACUGGUUUUUGUAUUUAUAAAUGAAUUUGCGGUAAGGUGAGCUGCACGGAAGGAAUAAGAAGACAAAUGGCGCCCACUAGUGGGGAAUCCGCAUUCACAAAAGCACAGGAUGCUGGAAAACAGCCUGCUCAGAAUUUGUUAGCAAUAAUUAAAUAUAGCAAUCAGCAAAGUAUUCGACUUGGCUGGACGGUUUUCGUUAAUAUGAAUUAUUUAUUUGAAAUGUUUUAAAGAAACAUAAGCCUUUUUAGUGAUGCAGAUUUGUCUGUUUGUUUUUCAAGUCAUAUCAGAUCGUUGGCAACUCGUAUCCCAAGAUGAAAAAUAAGACUUGGUGUGACCAGCCAGGCUUUCCUGCCAUAUGUUGGUACAAUACACAAGUGACAAUAUUGGUGUAGAUUUGUACUUAGCAAAUACAAACACAUCCAAAUGAAAAAUUUUGUAGAUACCAUAUCCCCUGAAAUAGCAUUUAUCUUACUGGGUUGACUGGAAAGGAAUGGAAAAUAUAGUAACACAUGAAAAAAUGCUACUCCAAUCUGAAUGAUUACUUCAAACACUGGCAACUUGGGUCUCACCCUCCAUAGGAAACAAGACAACAUUCAAUUUGAUAGAAAUCUUGCCACAAAACUUCAAAUGCUACAAAAUAUACACACACACUCACACACACAGGCAUACUCACACACAGACACACAGACACACACACACACACACACACACAGACUCAUCCACACUUCAAAUUGAGCCCACAAUCUUGAAUUUCUGAAUGGAUCAGAGUUUCAUAGUUUCUAUAGUAAAGGCAAUGUCUAUUUCAGGGAUUGUAAAGUAGUUAAGCAUUGUUUCAAAAGUUUUUUUAUAUUUAUUUUUUUUAAGGAAAAGGUAUAGACAACCAGCUAAACUGCCUUUUUGGUGUGCACACACAUUUCAUGUGCAGACGUGCCUCUGUGUAAAUGUACACAUGAACUUCGUGUGGGCUUAAUUUUCUGUGCUAUAAACAAAAGUGUUUAUUUUUUAUUAACCUCAUGGAUAUUUAGAUGGAAAGUGAUGGCAUUCACAGGCUUGAUGUAUUCCACUGUUAUUACUGCACAAAUGAAAAACAAUACUCAACAAUAAUUCCACUCCCAUGAAACUUUGGUCAUUGUUAUGCAUUAAGUGGGGCUUAUCUUUGGUUUGGAGUUCAUUUGAACUCUUGAACCUUAGUUUAGUGAAGAUGAACUGUCUGUUCUUAGGUAGAAACGGUGUUUAUUUAAAAAUCAAUUUUAAAAAAUGAGCCACCAUAUGUGCUGUCUAUUAUAAAUGGGACACCAAACAAAAUUUUCUAUUACAGUUGUGUACUUGCAAACAUUUUGCUAUACAGUACUUCAUAGAUGCAUACAAAUGAGCUCACUUAUUACAAAGACAAACGUUUAAUUUGCUAAAUAUUUUAACAAGUUUGUUAUAUAUUUUAUUUAAUUUAAAAGAAAUCUCUUACCAACCUACAUAUUUAUUACUAUAAUUUGCUAUGACUUCAGGUUAAUUUAUUUGUGUUUGCAUAGUUUGAGCAGGAUGUUUUGUGAAGUAUGUUUGUAUUUAUUUGCCUACUUUGUACUUGAUGUGUUUUGUAAUGUGCACUGAAUUUGUUUUCUUUUCAACUAUGUUAAUGAUCAAUACUGUAAAUUGGGUCUUUUGUAAACAACAAAAAGGCAAUGAUGUAUGCAUUUUUUUUAAUUUGAGGUAGUUUGUUUGUAUACUGUUUCUCCAAACACUUAAUAUUUCUUACAUCAAAGCAACAAAAUUGUGUUCAGUGCUGUACAUUUGGUGUAUGGUAGGAAAUAAAAAUUGAUAACGAGUUUUGAUGUGA